CCACCACCAACUCAUCUUUCUAUUGAAACACAGUUGUGGUCCUAGUUUUUGCAGCAACCUCCCCUAUAUUUGUCUGCAUAAUGGACAACGCAGUUGAGUUUCAGGAGAGUAAAUCCAUAACAUUCGAAUGGACCCUCAGGGGUCUCAAAAACCUGUUUGAGUCCAGCAAAGGGGAGGCGAAGUCCAAAGUGACCAAGUCUGUGAAGUUUGGCGGUGGACGAUGGCAGAUUUUGUUCUAUCCCAACUCUGGCACCGGAACGGUGGCCGAUGGAAGCGGUUACAUUAGUUUAUUUCUUUCUUGUGAGCCCACGCUAGAAGAGAAAGAGAAUGCAGUCAACGGACGGUGGGUCCGAGACGGACUUUUCAGGUUCACAUUCGAACUUCGCAAUCUUUCGAAGCAAGAACUGUUCAACUCGAAAGAGGCCCAUAAUCAUUCAUUCUCUUGGAAGACCGCAAAUUGGGGAUGGGCUCAAUUUGCGCGUAGAGACACUGUUUACUACUCACGCCAUAACGUCAAAGCUCAGGAUGCAUUUGUCAUGGUCUGUACCAUCACGACUGAGCCCGCUUCACCUCAGCCAUCGUCCAUCCCUAGGAUGAGCGUACCGAAAGAGCUCUUAGAUGCAUUCGGGUCUAUGUUGGACGACCCGAUGUACUCUGACAUUGAGUUUGUUCUUCCCCGCCGGGGAGGGGGUAUGCGGAGCCCUCGAAAGAUAUAUGCUGCUAAAAAGCUGUUGUGUCGGGCGGAUUACUUCGAAUCUAUGUUUGGUGCAGGUUUCGCAGAGGCUUCCACCGAUAAUCUCACUCUGGCCGUCAACAACGAAGGCCAAUCCUCUGACAUGAGCGAGACAGCCUCCCAGAUGACAGCUCUGCAAGCACACUACGACGACUCCGAUGAGGAAGACGAAGAUAUGGACCCUGUUGGUGACACUGACUUCUUACUUUUGGACUAUGCGCCACGAGCUGGAGCAGCAGUGACUGAUUCCGAACAGACAUCCUCCAAUGAGGACGGACAGCCAGCUCUUACAGCGUCCACCAUUACAUCGACCCUCAUGACGCCUGAGCCACAGGCUCAAUCUGACCAGACGGAACGAGCAACUUCCGAUGACGAGGGGCAGAGGAACGUGAGGCAGAAGCUCUCACAUCCCUCCAGCCCCAGGAGCAGUCCUCCACCUGAACUUCCUGCCAACACAGCACCACACACUAAGACUGUCCUGCCAGGGCCAGUGAAGCAACGCGUGACAGUCAAAGACGUCGCUUAUACUACAUACCGCGCUGUUCUGCACUACCUUUACACCGACACUAUUAGAUUCGCGCCCCUUUCCUCCUCUUUCCUGUCUACGCCACCGCCUGCGCCGAUCCCAACCUCGGCUUCUCAAACACCCGCAGGCGAUAGUCAAUCACAGCUCGGUGCCACGUUGCGAACUCAGGGCGACUCAUUCUCCAGCUUCCCUGCUCGUUCGAGGAGAGACUGGCUUCAACAAUGGCAACAAAAUAAUCCCGGAAAACCCCUACCCUGCUCGGCUAAGGCAGUGUAUCGGCUUGCUGAUAAACUUGACCUACGCGAGCUGAAGGAACGUGCAUUCCAGCACGUCAUCAGAUCGCUCACCGUAGAGAACGUCCCAUACGAGGUCUUUUCCAACUUCUCGGCCACAUUCGAGAGCGUUCGCAAGGUCGAAGUAAAGUUUUUCUUAGACAAUUGGACAGAUAUCCGAGGCUCGGACGCCAUGCGGAGUGUAUGGCACCAGAUUAGACUUGGGAGGCACCCUGGGUUUGAGGAAGUUUGGCCCGUCAUCGCGACGAACUUGGAGUUCAAACCACAGAGCAGCGAGAAUACCGACAAAGACCCUGCCAGAGUUGCUUGAGAUAGCUGUUCACACAAGGGUCGCCUUUGCGACUUCUCGCAGCAUUGCGGAUCCUGCAGAUCGGUGCGGAUGACGGACAGUCGGUAUUGACGUCUCAUUUGCAUAGUAAUGACCUAUACGAUUAAUUUAUACGGCUUGUGUUUGCGAACCCUGUAGUUG